GGGGACUACGCUCAAAUAACUUGUAUUUCAUUUGCAUGCAAGAUGUUGCAUUUAGCACUAUAGACAUGUUAACUAGGGACAGAAAGCAUCUCCACGUCUUCAACUAUCUGCGUUACAGCUCGGUCUCCCUGAAAAAACAGCGUCGGUUCGAAAGCCUGUUCCCAUGACGACCGCAAUGCCAAAAUGUCCGGAGAAGAAGCGCGUCGUGAGAAAAAAGAGCAGCGAGUGGUGAUGAAGAAACAGGAAACAGAGAUCCUGCAGUGGGACGCGUUGCCAGCGCAACUGAUUCGGGAGUUCCAGGAGCUCAGCGCUGAGGAGCUUCUGCAUAAAAUGGAGAACAUACUGGGCUUCACAAACCACCGGACCUGUGUCAGAGAGACUGUCCUCCUUCAUUACUAUCUGUUUGGGUUCUGGUGGGCUAAAGAGGCCAGGUUUACCCCCACACAGACUUCUUUCACCAUGGCUGUGCUCCACAUGCUUCUGGAAAACCUAAGAGAGAAACGGAUGAGUUCAGUGGAUAAUUUGGUGGUGCUUAUAAAAGCCAUAGCUGUUGCCUGCCACUGUUCACCUUCUGAUGAAGACACCACUUCACUUCUGGACAACAAUGAAGCUGCAGCGAUGAUAUGCUAUGUUACAAAAAGUCUGAUCCUGAAAUACAAACUCUACCAACUUCUCUUCACCACAUCCUCAGAGAAGUAUCUGACAGGGAUGGAGAGGACCAUCCAGAGGUUCAGUUGUCAAGAUGUUCUUAUCCCACUUGAGGAAGGUAUUUCCAUCCAAUUCGACUUCCAAUCUUUUAACCAAAGACAUGCAGAGGAUAUGACAGAUUUCAAGGUUCAUUCUACAUAAAUAAAUACAUAGACCUG